UCUCCGUCUUUAACCCAGCAUUGGCUGAAGGAGUCAGGUGUCUGAGCUAAUGGGACACAAAGCCGAAAGGAGAUUGCAGUGUCGUGUUGAUGUCCCGGACGUUUCUUGUAUGACUCGCUGAGGGUGGGGGAAGUAAAUAUAAAAAAAAACAAGAAACAUAGGAAGUGGGGCAACAGUUUGCAAGAGUCUUUUUAGAGGAAACACAGAUCUUUAUGCUCUCCCACCAUGGAGCUAUGAAAGGGGCCGCUGCUGCUGUGUGAGCCCGGGGGCGAAGGCUGGAUGUCGGAUGGACACGACGAGAAGGACCCCGAUCUGGAUGCGGGGGACCUGGAGGACUGCUCUGAGGUCUCGUGGGCGAGCGGGGAGGACCCUGAUGGGGCCAGCUUGUUCUCUGAAGACUCCGUCUUCCCUGAUUACGACUCGGAGGACAGCAGCAGCAGCAGGGACAGCUCAGCGGCCCUCACUCUGUACCAGGCCUGCAAAGAGAACAAUGCCAGGGCCCUGCAUGAGUGCCUGGAGAGGGGCGUGUCCGAGGAGGAGGUCCUGGAGCUCGACAUCAACGGAAGGAACGGCCUGAUGGUGGCAUGUUACAAGGGCUUUGUGGACAUUGUCUUCGGAUUGGACAAAUGUCCCUACCUGGACGUCAACCACCAGGACAACGACGGGAACACCGCCCUCAUGAUAGCGGCCCAGGCAGGGCACAUGACCAUCGUGAACUACCUCCUGAAUUACUACCCGGGGGUGGACCUGGAGAGACGGGACAUCCGGGGGUUCACGGCCUUCAUGAAAGCAGCCAUGCAGGGGAGGAGCGAGUGCGUCUCAUCCCUGAUGAUGGCAGGUGUUGAUUUGAAUGCGGUCGACCCGACAAGAGGCAAGACCGCCAAAGAGUGGGCGAUACUGACCGGCCGCUUUGAGACCUUGACCAAGAUGCGCCGCCUGCUAGAGAAGCCCUGCGCCGAGCAGUUCUGUGACCGCUACACACCGGAAUGGCCAGAGCUGAGAAACCUGGUGGCCAAAGCAGUGACGGUCAAGACCAGGAGCGAGAAGAUCACUCAAAGGAUCCGCUCCACCUUCACCAUCAACUUCCCACAUGACCCUGAAGAUGACGGGGUGCUGGACCACAUGGUCCGGAUGACCACUGGCAUUUCCAGUCCCUUUGUGACCACCGGCUGCCGCCCGCUGUGUCCCACCAGCCCACCAGCCGUUGGGAAGAAACGCUUCACCGUCCCAGAGAUCCUCCGGCAAUAUCCGGGCAAGCAGGUGGAAAACAGAUCUGUGCAGCACUCAAAUGGGUCAGGAUCGGAUAGUUCCUCCUGCUGUGGAAUCACAGAGGAAUCCCAGAGAGGGAGCAUUCUGUCCAACACAGGGGGUGUCCAAGGUUUCAGCAUGAGACGCAACAGCGUCUUCCCAGCGGGGUGCAUCCCCCAGAUCAAGGUGUCCAAGAGCACGGAACCCACGCCCAAGAAGGAGAAGAAGAAAAAGUCCAAGAGCAAGCAUUUUCUGGAGCUGCCCAAGUGGAGGUACAAAGAGCUGAAGGAAGAGAGGAAGAAGGUGGAGGAGAAGGAGAAGGACAAGGAGGAGAAGAAGGACAAAGAGGAGAAGGACAAGAAGGAGAAGAAGGACAAGAAGGACAAGGAGGAGAAGAAGUGAAUUUGCUGAUCAGCUGGUUCCAACUUCAACACACCUCCAAGAAACAGGACUGAAUUGCAAGCUUGCUGAGAUGCAACCUUGAGAAGUUUGCUUCUCUAGCAGGUUCUUCUCUUGAUGGAACUUACAUUUUUUCAUUUUUCCAAAGUAAACAUGGUCUUCCGUCUGUGAGAUCACAAGUCUCUGUUUCUGAUCCUGCAAUGGGGAAUUGGUGGCAUUUGUGAGGAAUAAAUCUGACAUUGACCAUACUGACUAGAUGCAUAUCCAGCCUUUCCCAGUGUCACUGGAGGGACAAAUGGACAGGAAUGGAUUUCAAUACAAAGCCUAUUUAUUCAGGGAACACUUGCGUUAUCUAGACUGGAAUGAUGGUUUAGUUAUUGUUCAGCUCAAGCAGCACCGAGCUAAUUUACACUGUACUAUUACUUGAAUGGAUUUAUACUGUGAUCAGCAUAUGCCAUAUUCUUUUGACCAUCCAAUCCAUAACAAAAAGACCUGUUAAAACAGCACAAAAUAACAUCAUCUGUUGUUAUAACGUGCUGUCCCGUCAUUGUUUGAAACCGUUUCUUUGGAAAUAUCAGCCUUGGCAUACAAUGUCAAUAUGGAUUCACUAUAAAAUACAGCAUCUGCGUUAUUUCCCUCUUUUAUGGAGGCAUUUGUGGAUAUUUUCCUGAAGUACGCUCCAUAUCCAGGUUUUCUGGCUCAAGUCAUUGCUCUGGAAGGUCGUCUUUGACAUUGUAUUUUUGGGGUAACCUCUUAAGUGUCUGGGUGAAGAAUGGGGUGAUAUAGCAGUGCUGUAUUGAAUUAUUGAAAUCUAUCCCUUUGAACAGUUCACUUCUUUUAUGCUUCAAGUGUAUUAUUGUGUGGAUCAGACCACUAUAUGUCUCUGCUAACAUAACACUGGGGAUGGAAUAUUGAAAACUUGGUAACACUUUACAAUAAGUGUCUCUUAUUAAUGUUAAGUACAUUGUAACUAUGCAUAAUAACAAUGUAAUUAUGUGUAAGUACACAUGCAUUUACUAAGUAACUAAUAUGCAAAUACACAGUAUUUAGAGACACAAUGUAAAGUGUUACCCAGAUCUCCAGGCUCUUCCCUACACAUGUUAUACCCAAAGACUAGGAGGAUCAAGUUUAUUUAUUACAGAACUAGGCUGCUGUUUCUGGUUUAUUUUGGUUUACUUGUAUUGUAUUUUCUAAGUGAAAACAUGAGCCGAGAGAUUAAAAAACGAUACAGUCUUUAGACAAUAAAUAAAGUCUUUAAAAACAGUUUGAAUGUAUUUAUGGGAGCAGGGUCUGGAUCUGGCAUAAGCUGUCCGUUUCCAGCCGUGUGGUAUAAAUAACAUGUGCCUAUAAGUGACAGAAUUAAAGCUGUAAUCCACUGUGGACUCAGGAUACUCACAGUGCAGUGGCCUCCACUCAGGAUAAGACAGCACAUUCAUUAUCACUUAACCCCUCGCACUGUAACUAUCUGUGGAGUGUAAUUACAUGGGCAUGGUUUGUAAAAUGGUGAACCAUGUAAUUACAUCAGGUAACAAAUCUUCCUUUUUUUUUUUUGGUAUCACUUUACAUGAAGUGUCUCGAAUUCCUGUGUAUUUACAUAGUAGUUACAUUGUAAAUAUCUGUGUACUUAAACAUAAGUACAAUGUUGUAAUGCAUAGUUACAAUGUACUUAAUGUGUAAAUAUCUUUGCACAAUAUAACCCUAACCCUUUCCUGAUAAAACUGUGUACUUACAUAUAUCAUGGAAAAGGAUUUACACAUUAAGUUCAUGGUAUGCAUAAUAACAUUGUAAUUAUGUGUAAGUACACAUGUAUUUACUGAGUAACUACUAUAUUAAUACACAGUAAUAAGACACACCAUGUAACGUUUUACCUUUUUUUAUAUUUGACGCAUACUAUCAUAAUGGGAUGAACACCUUCUCAGUACUAGACAGUGUGCUACCAGAUCAGGACUCCUGUGCAAUAUGUGUUCGCCAUGCAUUGCUUUGCCAUUGCUGACUAAUCUGUGGUCUGCUAAUGGUCUUUUACACUAGUAUUAUAAUGAUACACAGAUUGUGUUUUUUUAAUAACUUUUCUGAAAGGGUAUCAGCAAAAAAAGUCCAAGUAAUAACUAGCUGCUUCUGAUGUUUCUAUAAAAGCAGACCACGUAACGGUCUUGUGACCUCCGACUGCUUUACGCAAUUUCCAACAGCUGUUUCUGAUUAAAGGGAACUUUUGUCUUUGCCGUUGCUCAAGUUUCUAAGGCUCCCGCACUCCCUGACAGUUCUAUAUUGUAUUUUCCAGGUGCGUACCGAGAAUAUCUCAUCUGUGGUUUCGUUGCAAUUUCUAAAUCUGUAGUAUUUUGUAUUUAAUUAUAUCCUGCUGUAACUAUCCCUGACACUGUUAUCUGCUCCGUUAUUGAAUCGUAUUUUGCCAUAAUUGUACUUGCUAGAACCAAAGUCAUUGUAUUUAUCUUGCUCUUAAUUGUAUUAUUACUUGUACUGUGAUUCUUGAAAUGUAUUUUUGUUUACGACUGUAAGUCGCCCUGGAUAAGGGUUUCUGCUAAGAAAUAAAUAAUAAUAAUAAAAUAAUAAUAAACGUUUGU